AACUUAACCCUCCUUCUCAUUAGAUAUUUGGUCAUAUAAAAUUGACUUUCGAAGAGGAGAAGAAGUCUAGCGAUACUGGAUAACAGCAUGCUGCUUGCUGCAUGAAGGGUGCGUAAUCAGUAGGAAUGUCAGCAAUUCUUCUCUCACGUCCAUAGCGAUAGCAGCGUUGGCAAUGGAGAUGAAGUGGCCGGGUCCUCGACAUAAGCAAGUGAAACAUUAAGAUAUGACCCCCAAAACGUAAGAGAUCAUUUAUAUAAAAAUAGAUUCCCAAAUUUGAUGUCCAAAAAAAAAAAGAUUCCUAAAUUUGUUAAAUUUUUUUAUUAGAACAUUUAAUAAAAUUAUCCAACACAUAUAUCAUAUGUACAAAAAUCAUGCAUCAAGAAUACUGAUUCAGGCCAUUUACAGUUGGAGCAAAUAGAAGAAACAAAAUGAUAAAUUUGUGUAUGCAUAGUCGCUAAACUAAAAUACAGUCUUCAAAGAUUCAAACUGAAAUAGACACUAGAAGCAAGUUACAAUCGUAUCAUCAGAUAAUUACAUUCAUUUUAGUUAGACUGACAACUUUUAAUGACUACCAGCCAGUAAUUUGGCUUUUAUUGCUAUUAUUCCAUCAAAUGGAUACUCAAUCAUCAACGACCACGGUUUUUGAAGUGUUCACGCUAGAAUGCAUCAUACAAUUUCUCAUCUUUAUUAAGAAGAGUGGUGUGAUACCUGCAAAGGGUUCACAAACUAGGGACGCAUAUAAAAUUUAAGAAAAAGAUGCCAACUAAGAAGAAACCAAUGUUUGCUUUGCUCAUAUUUUCGCUGGCACAUCAUGUGAAAAAAACCAACUCGGAUCUGCAAAAUCUUGGUUAGACUACUAUCCAUAUCAUCACUAUCUUUCAUAUCAUUUUGUCAAACUAUUUAUUAUGACAAAGUCCAAGUUGAUUAGUCAAAUAUUUUAAAGCUUAAGGAGCCACUUAUCCCAUACAUGGUUGAUGGAGAAGGGACACAAUUGAGGUAAUAGUCCCAAAUCCAUCAAAGAUUCGGUUCAAAACUUCAUGGCUCACCAACAAUAUGUUGUACAUGUUUGAUAACAAAAAUACUAAUGCAAUAAUAAAACAAUUAUUAUCCUGCUGGACUAUAAAAGGUUCAAGAACGUGGACUGCUAUAUACGACCAUAUAUUAUAUACGCUUAUCAUUUGUUUUUAAUUAACUAGCUAUUUUAGUUUAUAGCCUAGGGUGUAAUGUUGCCUUCAUCACGUUUUCUGUUUGAGAUAAACGAAGACUAAAUCUGAUUGCCACGUUAUAUAAACCAUAUUAUCGCUAAACACUUAGUAGCAGUUCCCCACGAAUUACAUGUAUCCAUCAUUGACUGAGUUAUAUAUAUAUUUCAAGAACACUUUCCCUAAAUCAAUACAAAUGUUGUUCUUUUACAUACUUGUAAAUUUGAUACCUAGCUAGCACAUAAAAGAGUAUUUAAAACGGAAUACAAAAGAAAUGAAGUAGGACAUUAUGAAAUGUAAUCGUUCCUUAAGUUGCAAAGUUUUGAUUAUUAGUAGGAAUUUUACAUACAACAAAAUGUAUUUAUUAGUGUUAGUUUGUCUUAACUUUUAACUAAUGAGAUUUAAAUAAUGUAGGAAGUCUAGGCGGUGUGUUACAAAAUCUAUACAAGCUCGUAUACCUUUCUUUGUUCUUGCACGUAAAGAAAUCAAACUGUUCAACUGACAUAUAUAAAAUAUGAAAUCAACAAGUAGAUAAAUUAAACAAUAAUUAGACUAAAGGGCCAAACUGUGCCAGACCUACAAGCUUCAUGUACCCCCCUCCUCCUACAUUCAUAUAUAUAUAGAUGUCACAUUUGAAAGGAUUUGACAAACAAAAAGUCUAAAUUAAUACGAUUUUUAGCUUCUCACGUCUUUCUUUUCAAUAAGAUCAACCUACUCUUCAUCAAGCUCUUCUCUCAGAAAGCUCAAAUGGAAAACUCAGCACUAAGCAAUGUCGUGAGGCGAACAGUAAUCUCUAAUCAACAGAGAACAAUACAAGAGGGUCUAGAAGAGAGUAGUUGGGAUAUGUACGUUGAAACCGAAGAUGGUAUCAGCCAUUAUGAAGAUUCUUCCAUGAUCUCAGAUGCUGCGUCUCCUAUAAUCUAUGUCGAAGAAGACACGGCGUCAUCUCCGUCUAACAGAACCAAGGGUUGCAGUGAAAUGGAGAACAAUACGACAGAAGGAAAAACCAUGAACAAUUCUAAAACUGAGGAGAAAGGAUUGAAUAAGAAAGGGAUAAUGAAUGAAGAAUAUUGCGCAGAACUGAAGAAGAGAGGACUUUGUUUAGUGCCUUUGUCGAUGUUGUACAACUACAUUGGUUGAUACUUCGACUGUUUUUAAUCGUAAUCUUUUAUUCUUUUUUUGUGAUUAUUUUCUGUAAAAUCUGUUGAAGGCUAGUAAAUUUAGUGCAAGUCGAAAUAAUGAUGGAUGAUCUAUUGUAUGUGUAAAUUGUACAAGCAAGAGUGAAGAUUUGUAAAACAUGUCCAAACAUGUUAAUAUAAAGUUAGCAUGUUUCCAUGUGUAAUAAAAUGUUAUCAAUGCCUUCAUGCUUGUCACAAUAUUUGGUACAAUCAUGUAUAUAUGACUACUUUUGGAACGCCUUGUAGUUCAAAUGACUGACUUUUCCUGACUUUUAAAAAAGUUCCGAUUCAUUUGUUAAUGUGCGAUUGUGUCAAACAAAUUUAUAUAACAUUCAUAGCAUUUAUAGAAAUUUCUUUUUAAAUUAUUCAAGUUCCAUUUUGGGAGAUUUGUGGACAAUAUAUAAACAUGUGGUAUUGCCACGUAGUGCUCGGAAACAACCGUCUUUCGUCGUACAUAUAGAUGCAGAGUUACCACUUUGGUUUACAGAGUCAACGUGAGUCUGUGAAUGUUUGCUGUAAAAAACAAAAAAAAUAUAAACAUGUGGUAUUCUUUCAUUUUUAUUUAGUUUUUAGAUGUGAAUUAUGAUACUAAAAUGGUAUAAAAUCCCAGAAGUUCAAACUCUCACAAUUAUUGUCCAUAUCUGGAUUACCAUUUCAUUUCCACAAUUUUUACAUACAGAUAUCCAGUCUUAAAUGUAAAGAAAUUGUAUUAAGUUUCACACAAAGCUUUUGAGAGAUUUAUAGACAAUAUAAAAAUAUAUAGCCAUAUAUAUAAAAAUUUAACUUUUGAAUUAGCUUUUGAGAGAUUUCUAAAAGAGCUGAUUUAAUAAAAUCUAUUAAUUGUAGACACCUUUUCAAAAUAUUUGAAUUGUUUCUGAAAACUAACAAGAAAAUACAAUAAACAUAAAAAAAAAAGCAAUUCUCUCAUAUGGCCCUUUUUAAGUUUUUGUCACAAAAAUAGCUCUAAAAAAAUGACCAAAAUAGCUCAUUUUUGUUUUGAAAAUUUUAACAUUUAUUUUUUAUUUUAAAAAAUUUGAAACUUUAUCCCCAAAACCCCACCCCUUAAAUCUAAACCCUAAGUCUAGAUUAGUUAACCCAAGGGUAAAAAUACAUUUUUACAUUCUAAUAAAACUUAUUUUGGUCAUUUUCUUCACUGAGGACUAUUUUGUGACAAAAAUUUUAAAAAAUAUCUAUCCUAGAGAAUUUUUUCUUUUAAAAAACUAUUCCCUUCGUUUUUAAUACAAGUCGUUUUAGAGAAUUGUUUAUGUUCCAAAUUAUAUGACGUUUUCAGUUUUCUAUGUAAAAUUUAAUAAUACUUAAUGGUUGAAUAGUUUUUAAUUUAAAAAUUUAAUGAUACUUUUUAGAUAAAAAACAACUUUCUUAAUAAGUGUGUUUUACCUAAAAAAAUAUUAUAUUUAGGAACAGAUGGAGUAUCUUUUUGUUUUCUAAAGUAAGACAAAUUAAUGUGGGGAACUGGGCUGUAUGGCGUUAAAAAAACCAUAAUUCACUUUAUGGCCAAUUUCCCUAAUAUAUCAAUACACCGUUUAUUUUUCCUAUAAUAUUGCUAUACUACCCUUUUAAUCCACCGGUGAAACCUGCAAAAAAAGUAAUAAUUAAUAAAUAGUGAUUGUAAAAAGAAAAAAAGUGGCUUUGGUUAUUCUCACAAAUCUAACAAAGUAAAUUUUCAUUGAUAAAAUAUAGAAAGGUUAAUAGAUUCAUUUUCAGAUUUGAGCGACAAAGAUACCAUUGACUACAUUCUUAGUGAAGUUUUGUGGAGGAGAAAACCAUUUUCGAAGGUUUGGUAGGUGACAGAAGGUGUUGUAUAUAAAUUGAAUAGUGCAGAUGAUAUGGAAUAAAACUUAGAUGAUAUGGAAUAAAUUUGAACGUUUAAUAUCACCUUAUUUUACUUCUGAAUUCAUACAAAUUUAAUACUUAUGUAUUUUGAUAUAUGGGUUGGGGGUUAUAUUUUCGUGUAGGGCUUAGUGAUGAUUGGAUAGGGUUUAGUUUCUGGAAUAUUGGGUUCACCAUUGCGAAGGCAUUACUUGUUUCUAUUCUAUUUGGAUAUGGAAUAGAACACUUCUGAACUUUCAUAUCAUGUGUUUUAAUUUUGGUGAUAUAGGAUUGACAUAUUACAUAAUAUAAUUUAAUAUUACAUAACAUAAUUUAAUAUUACAUAACAUUAUGUAUUUUUUUAGAUUUUGGUAUAUGAGUUUAGGGUUUAUAUUUGGGUUAGGGUUUAGUGAUUUAGAUUUUAGGGUUUAGUUUUUAGAUGAUAUGGAAUAAAACUUAGAUGAUAUGGAAUAUAACUCUCGAUGAUUAUGUAUGUGAUCAAUAAAGUUAUACGUGGAUAAUUUUUUCUUCUUUCAAAAAACCACAACGUCACUUACUUUAUAAAUUGUAACUGACAACCUAUUUCAUGAAAUGGCAGAACCGGAUAGAAUGUGUACAAAAAGUAACAUUAAAUUACCUCAAAAUCAAUGCCAAUUACUUAAUCUAAUCUAUUAAAAGAGGAGUACAAAAUUAAACUAACCCUUAAACUUACACAAUAUUUACAAUAGAAUGUUCAUUGCAAUAUUUAAUAAACCUAACAAUAGAUAUUCUCUGUCUUUCCUGUUUUAUUAAUGCAUUUUCCUAAAUUGUUUUUUUAACUAAAAACAUGGCAACAAUAAUUUAAGCAAAUCUAAACAAUAAGGAAUAUCAAAACAUGAAUCAGUUGAGACAAUUUUUUUCACGAAAAAGAUGAUUAAUUAGUUUGUACUUUAAUAAUCAUAUCAUGAAUCAGUUGUAAUUUGCAAUCCAAUUUUUAUAUAUAUUUAUAUUACAGUGUAAAAAAAAAGUUGUAAUAAGUGAAAAAAUCAUUUUA